GAGGAAGGGGAGGGUGCUCCUCUCUCCUCAGGACUGGUGUCUAUGGGCCCAGUUCUGGGAAAAGGCCAGAUUGCAUCAGACAGGGCUUGGAGGGCGGGAGCCAGCCCGUGCUCUGAGGAGGAGACAGUGUUAUAAGUAGAAGUGAGGGAACUGGGAGAGGACAGACAUUCAGAAAACACUGAACAGAGGCAAGACUUCAGAGAAAGCAGACCAAGCAUGAUGGCCACCUUGCCACCAACAGCCAAUCCUUCCCAGCAACCUCUAAACCUAGAGGACGAAGAAGAUGGAAUCCUGGAUGAGUAUGACCAGUACAGCCUGGCUCAUCCUUAUGUAGUCGGGGGAAGUCGGAAAGGUAGGACAAAGAGAGAAGCUGCUGCCAAUACCAACCGCCCUAGCCCUGGUGGGCAUGAGAGGAAACUGCUGACCAAAUUCCAGAACUCUGAAAGGAAAAAGGCCUGGCGCUGAGGCAGAGCUGGAGAUGAGGUCAGACCAUGGACACCACACCCGGGAAUGGACACAGGACUUUGGAGAAAUUAGGAGCUGUAAGCAGGACCUAGGCCUGCUUGAGUCUCUCCCACCUGAGUGAGGUUCUGGAGAGGGAGCACCAAAAAGCCCUUCCAGACUCAGCAAAAGGGCAAGAUGGGCAAGAAGCAGAGGGUGGAUGGGCAGAAGACAUCCCCCAAAGAACUGUGGGAGAAAUCGCACGCCCUUGGGUGGCAGCGACAAUAAACCGUACAGCAGUGACA